CCGAAACUGCGACACAGCUCUGACCGACCGAUUGUUGCAGUGAAUCACCCUGGCGGCGCCCAAAGAUGGAGGAGAACGUAAUCAGUAUGUUUAUGGAUGUGAAGCUAGAUAUUCGCGAGCGGAAGCUGGAGUUCUCUCACCUCAAGUCAUGGACACGCUACUUCGUACGCGUUGAAGCCGUCAAAUGCUUUCCAUGCUACGUGAAAAUAUCGUUCUUCAAAUCGCACACCGAUGAGAGCACCGAUCUAAUUGUGCGCAUCAAUAUUCCCGGUCUGACCGUCCAAAUGGCCACCUCACGUACGCGGGCACAUUCAUACGGACUAUUUUGGAAGCACAACCGCAAACGAUGCUGCGCGUACUUUGCCCUACCGUCGCAGUUGUUGUGCGAACGUCACCUAAGGUGGAUGAAGAAAUCGAUCAGGAAUCUGGAACUGUACCGACAGGAGAUCCUGCAGCUGCGACGGGCCAGCCGAACGCCGAUGCACGAGAUCCGCAACGAAAUGCAACCGAGUCCGUCGAGCAAAGAUCUUGGGUUGUACCAGAAUCUGGACUUCACGCAGAAUAUGGCCGACGUGUACGAUAUCCUUGGACCGUUACCGAACGUGCCGGAUCAGUCCGAAGCGAGUAUGGCACGCAGAAUAUCUGGUGUGUCGGGCAUAUACGAGGAAAUAUUUGAACCUAACAGGCCAAACGUGGUUGGGCUUGCCAAUGGUUCACGGAUUUCUCGCGCGUCUAUUGCUUCUGGUAUCUACGAGGAAAUGAAGCUAGCGGAUAUCAGGGAGCAUGCCGAAAGGAGCUGUCCAGAAUCAGAAGCGGUCGCCGAAAACGUUCCACCUCCUCCGUUGCCUCCCCGUCCACGAUUGCAUACCAACGAGUUUGAACUGCAGCGGUCAUUCACCACACCAGAGGCAGAUUUUUUGAAAAAGAAAAAGCACUGGCACCUGUUCGAAUCCAUGUUUAACCGACGGCGGGCAAACAGUGGAUCAGCAUGUAUGGGGAGCGUAAGUGAUUCAAAGCCUCUAAAAACAGAAAGUAGCAGUGCCAAUAAGGCAGUGGCUUCUACGGCAGAUCAAAAAGUCGUGUAUCGGGAUAAGGUAGCUCAUCUGCGAUUUUCGGAGAACAAAAGAAACAGCUUUUCCAGUCCCGAUCUAAGCCUGUUGAAAGUGGAUGGAGGCUCAACGGACAAUAUCUCCAACGGAGGAUCAUGCAGCUCGGAAUUCUACAUUCAGCAGGAAGGUGAUUUUAUUGAAGAAGAUUGCUUUAUGUCCUCGGAAAUGUUGAGUGCUUCGAAACGUUCGUCAAUUGAGGAGUCAUUGUCAAGAAUGGCUAUAACCGACGAGGAGAAAGAUAGACAUGGAAUGAAUGUUUCGGAAAACAUCGUUCCCAGCUUCAACAUAUCAUGCAACACGUCGACGGUGAAUCUGGCUGGCUGGACGUGCAUGAAGCCAGUGAUGGAAACAGCGCCUGUUUCCUUACCAGCUCCGGAAGGAUAUUGCGUAAUGGGAGCUCCGGGAACUGGGUUUGACCGCCAAAAGUUACAAAAAGUAGAAAUGCGAAUUAGAAGCACGAGCGAGACGUGCCAGGACGAGUCCCUCUACAUGAACAUGGAAGGGAAAGGCGUUGUGAACGAAGAAGCAAGUCGUUCCAGUUCGACCUCGAGUGGAGUCAGCAGCAUUUACAGCAACCGAAGUAGUAUUUGUAGCACCAACCGGAAUCGUAAUUCCAUUGACGACAAAAUUGCUUCAUAUUAUCCCAACGAAGAUUUUCGAUUACCAAAAAAGGUGGAGCCAAGUCCACCGAUAACUGUAGGUGCAAAACCAAGCAAAGAAAUAGUUAGGAGACCUAGCACGAAACGUUCAGAAACCCAGCGUACAACAUCACCAAAAACCUCUCACCGAAAGGCGUCCCCUCAGAACGUAUCGACAAUGCCACGAAUGAGCAAGUCUCCUCAGAAACCACCCUGCCAUAAGUCUAGAAUAACAACCAGAAGCGGCAGUUCGGAGCGAAGCCCAUACCCAAUAAUAACAGUAACCGAUGCCGCACCCUCAAAGAACAGUGAAAACAAUCCUCCAGGGCCUAUCGUGACUCCGAAGUUGUUCAAAAAAUACGCCACUAUUGCACGGGGAACUUCAACAUCGCCCAGCAAAUAUCAGGAGAAAAUCUCCGCCAGGAAAGGAGCUGACCCACUACCGGUAGGAAACACCAAGCGUUUUGGCUCUUUACCACGGUUCGCAAAAAUUGACUUAUCGCCGUUGCGAAUGAAGAUAAACAGCGUUCUGCAGCGACACAAUUCGGAAAGUUCGUGAACACCUAACCGCAGAGUUACUUUCGUCAUGAUGAUCUCAUCAACUUACUAUAAAAACCACCGGCGACAACGCGGCGCACAGAUGUUUGCUGCUAUAGUCAAUUUAAUAUGCUGCAAUAUUGAAGAGCCUUCGUUAGGGAAUUUAUUGCUCAACUCAUUAAGCUUAGCUUUAACUGCUUUAAGAAAAAAAAACAAGAAACCUACUUACUACUACUUGAAUAAAAGUAUGUUUUGGCUUCCAAAUUUAAUGAAAUAAGUUAGCUUAAAUUUAGUCUCCUAGCAGUUAUUUGAAAUUGUUUAGAUGUGGUCAAAUUUACAUGUUUGAAGCUUAGCUUACUGCCUAUUGUUUAUCUUUUAUGUUGAGCUAUUAGGAAAUCGUCCAUUUUUAGACGUGAAAGCACGAGUGAAGAAUUAGAUACAUAACAUUGCACACAAAUAAGCAAAAAAGAAAAACGAAAACAAUUUCUGUGAUCUGAGAAAAAGCGGUACAAUUCAUCUCCUGUCCCUAUCACACUCAUAAGUAAUAACGAAAAGAAAGAAAAACUUAACAUAAAAAAUCAGAUUUGCACAGAAAUCGCACCAUUUUAGAUAGGUUUAUUGAAAACGAUUAAUAUACUGAACCAGUAACUUUAUUGCAUAUCGAAAACGGAAACAUACCUGCUAUUAUGCCUAAGCUUUGGGAGAUGGGCGGACGCGCUAUUAUUGCUUUCGGUCAGUGAUUUUACUGAUGCUACUAAUAUGUGAUUUGAAAAUACUGCGGCAUGUACAAAAUAUACAUUUAAAAAAAGAGUAAA